AAGUCACCCAUCGAGGUUUUGAAAGAGGAUAUCGUCACUGUGUCACGUCGCGGACCGCAUUACGUCUCAAUCUAACGUCGACCAUGGCUCAACCUCAGCCAGUCAGUUUAACAGACUUGGAUCUAAAUCAGCUCGGAGAUAUCAAGAAACAGUUCGAAGAAGAAUUAAAUCACCUCACAAAUUCCUUCGCGCAACUGAAGCAGGCUCAGGCAAAAUUCAAGGCUUGUAUCGAUAAUGUAUCAGAGAUUAAUCUUCAGAAUCGAGGCAAAACUAUCCUUGUUCCUCUCACCAAUUCCCUCUACGUUCCCGGAAAACUCAACGAUCCAGACCAUGUUCUCGUCGACGUCGGUACAGGGUACUUCGUUGAAAAGACACGCCCGCAAGCCACGAAACACUACCAAACCAAGGUCGAUUACAUUCGGACGAACCUGGAGACUCUAGAGGACACAAUUCAAAAGAAGAGGGACAAUAUGAAUGCAGUCGUAAAUGUAAUUCAAGUCAAGUUACAAGAACAGACUCGAAAUGUAAAAAAAGAUUGAGCUCACCGUUUCUUCUUGUUCAUGCCAUUGUAUCGCUGCAAAGAUGGAUCUAUCAAACCUUGUUUUCUUCUCAUGAGUGAGUACAUAUUCUCACAUGGACCCACAAUCAUCUAUCGCGGGUGAUCUACU